GCCUAUUCGACAGGGAAUUUCGAGCCGCGUUAUAAUAUUACACAAUUCGCAGUGAGGGUAAAUUACAGGUAAGGGGAAGUGAAAUUAAAAUAUACUAGUAAAUUUAGUUUUAACCUAAGGAUUUUUUUAAAUUGAUCUAUGCUUAAUUUUCCUGUCUUUUGCUCUCCGGCAUAUAUGACUUCAUUAUUAUCAAGAGACACGGUAGUGUCAUACACACUCACACACAUUCACACACACUCACGCACAUAUUCACACACUCACACUCACAGACUCGCGCACACACUCACUCACACACACUCAUAGUCAUUACCUUAAACGGCGACAACGUGGAUGUCUUAUUAAUCAUUAUAGACAUAAUGUUAAUAAUUGACCGGAAGAAUAUUUUUUCUCAUUACUGCUUAUGUUUAAACCCUGGCGGAAAUUAGAGGAUCUUAGAGAUAGGUAUGAUACUUAUGCGGAAUCACUUCAUAAAGUAAAACUGCAUCUUACGGAGGCAUUGCAAUACCAUGAAAAGCUAGAAGAAUUAAAAAAAGCAUUUGAAAGUGCGCAAGAGCUAGUUCGGUAAUUAGAUGAAGAAUUACAAAAAAACGUGUCUCAGGAUGACCCUGACAAUCCGAUAGGCGUUCCAAAUAUAGAAACUGGUGAAGCAAUGCAAGAUUUUAGAGAUCUUGGCAAUAAAAUAGAUGAGAUAAUUGAUGUGUCUCAAAUGAUAGCAAAAUUAAAUACGGAUCAAAAAAGAACAUUCGAUAGAGUCAUUGAUACUGUAAGGUCAGAUAAUUCGAUAUUACGAUUGUACGUUAGCGGAGAAGGUGGAACUGGAAAGAGUUGCUUAAUUAAAACAAUUAAGUGUUGGAUAAAACAAUAUCUCAAUAAAGAUACCGCUGUAGCGGCACCUACUGGCAUAGCAGCGUUUAAUAUAGACGGUUUAACAGUUCAUAGAUUGCUUCAAUUACCUGUUGAACAUGGUCUUAUUACAAACUAUAAACAAUUGCCUGAUCAUGUGUUAAAAGUUUUACGAGCAGAUCUCAAGGAUGUUGUUCUUUUUGUGAUUGAUGAAGUAUCAAUGAUAUCUAAUUUGACUUUAAUGUAUAUACAUCUUCGAUUGUCUGAAAUAUUUAAUACCAAUGAUUGUGAAGACGGUUGGUUCGGUCGAAAGCACAUUCUUUUAUUUGGUGAUCUGUUUCAAUUACCUCCUGUACAUGAAGGUCCUAUUUUUGUACGAUUACCAAAUGACAAAAUUAAUAAAUGUGUGAGUUCUUUAACUGCUGUUAAUUUGUGGACUACAUUAUUUGAUUAUGAUGAGUUGACAAUCAAUAUGCGUCAGCAAGGGGAUGACUCUUAUCGACAGUUGUUGUCAAGAAUUCGUAUUGGUUUAUUGACAAAGUCUGAUUGCGAGAUUCUUGAAAAUAGAAAAAUAUCGUUUAAAGGUGAUUCUUUUGAAUCUAGAUUAAACGAAUUAUGUAAUUUUAUUAAUGAUUUUCCGUUGGACAUUGUUUGUUUAUUGCCUACUCGUCAUAUGUGUGAUGUUCUUAAUGCUGCAAUGUUAAACCGCAUUGCUUCGAAAGAGAUAUUAUUAAUUGCCGAAGACACGAUUGACUGUAUACCAUAUGUGAGAAAGAAAGUAUCAAAAAUAUUAUCGAAUAAUGAUGAUGAUAAUUCUAAAACUGCUGGACUUUCGAAAGAAAUUGCAAUUAAGAUUGGAGCAAAAGUUAUGAUAAGGAGUAAUAUUGAUGCUACUUUAGGUCUUGUGAAUGGUACAAUAGCUGAGGUAAUUUCAGUUGUACAAGAUACGUCUACCGAUCGUGUAGAAAAAAUAAAGCUUCUUUUACCAUCAGGAUUAGAAUAUUUUAUUGAAAGAGUGAGCGUUAAAUUUGAAGUGGUGGAUAGAGCGUUUGUUACUAGAAAACAAUUUCCAUUGUGUCUGAGUUAUGGAAUCACCAUUCAUAAAAGUCAAGGAUUGAGCUUACAAAGUGCUAUUAUGGACAUAGGCAACUCUAUAUUUAAUUGUGGUCAAGUUUAUGUUGCACUAUCACGAGUAACGUCUCUAGAAGGGUUGCAUUUAAUUAACUAUGAUCCUUCGUCAGUAACAGCUGAUGGAAAAGCUAUUAGGGAAUAUAAUCGACUAACAAGUAACACUACCCAACUGUCAGAAACCGAUUCGCCUGAAACUGUGCAGAGAGUCAGUGUUGGCCAAAACAUGCAACUUAUGACUGUUUAUAGCGGCCCAAAUUCAUUUGAACAAUUAUUUAUAACAAUUAAUAAAUAAUUACAUAGCCAUGUGAGACUUUGGCUUUUUCGCAUUUGGAGUGAGCGCAGUUGUUAGGGUAAUUUUGCUCGCUGAAACCAAAUUCUAUCUCAAAAUUCACAUUGCAUGUCAGAAUUCCUAGAUAUCCUAACCUCAAAAUGCUAGAAACCGUAUUAUUGCCUCUGCUAAAGGUUGUGCAAUAAGGUGAUCUUAUAAGACCAUACAUCAUGAAUCAUAGAGCUAUAAACCAUGAACCUAUUAACCCACAAACUCAACUAACGAACCCUAAGCCCUUGGACCCAUGUACCGUACACCCAUAAAUAAUGAGCAGGAAUGCCAGU